AUGGUCCAUACCCGUGCCCUCUGCGAGACAUGCUACGAUAGAUUCAUCAAGCACAACUACGUCGCAUUUAGUUACGGUUCCGAACGCGCGGGUUAUUAUGGAGCUGAAAAGCGACAGCUUGUGUGUUCAUUCGACGGAAUGGAAAUCUAUCUCACAAACUCCAACGACCAGAUUACCAGAAAACUCGCAGAUAUAGCCAGGGAGAGGCGUCUCUUUUACUUGGACAAGGCAAAUAUCUUGCCCCCACAUGAGCACUGGUCUGAGGACUGCUUGCAGAAAAUCUACGGGGACGCUUGGGAAACUUGGUAUUUCCCAAGUAGGCAUAUGAAUGUUACUGCGGAGCACGCGAGAUACCCGGAUGGGAGAACUGGAGGCCACUGGGAGGCGAUGGAAUUGGACGUUUCGCGUGUCUGGGUCACGCAGACCUUGGUGUGGAAAACAGAGGGGCUAAGAGAUUUGUUAGAGGAGGUGAGCUAA